UGUGUGUUAUGUGCCGUGGUCUGAGCAGCGGUGUUGACAAUAGGCUGAAAAGAACCAGCCCCGGAUCACACGCGAGCGGAGGAAAACACCUAAAUCCUGGGGUUAGGGGACGAGCAGCACGCAGAUCACCGACGGGGAUGUGAACGCGUUCAGCGCAGGCUUUUUAUUCCGCCGUGUUCGCUCGUUAAUGGAAGUUUGAGGAUUAUUCCGUUGGACGGACUAGAGGCUGCUCGCGGGUUUGGGCUGUUUUCAGGCCAGACAUUUUUUCCUGCUGCUCCGCCGCUGCUUGGGAAAAGCUGUCCGCACCGAGCUGGAGGUAGCUAACGCGUAGCCCGCUAGAUUCCCCCCCCAAACAUAGGAUCACUCCUCGCCGCCGUCUCCGUUGCGAACCCGCAGAGGAUCCAGGUAAAGUACUCCGAUCGGAGCGCCCAGCGCCCAGCCUCGCGGUCGGCUGCAGCUUGUCGGGCUCGGGUCGGGACUCGGGACUCGGUGUGUGUUUCCCCGGUCGCUCUGUCAGUCUGUGAGCGCUAGCUAACGGUAGCAGCAUUAGCACUGCGCCUGUUAUUUACAUCUGGGAUGAUGGGUGAUCGCCCAAGUCCGCCCAGCAGGGCUAUGUCCUCGGCAGCCACCACAUCUCCAUCUGUGGACAAAGUGGACGGAUUUUCACGGAAGUCUGUCAGGAAGGCCAAGCAGAAGCGGUCGCAGAGUUCGUCCCAGUUCCGCUCUCAGGGCAAACCCAUAGAGCUCACGCCCUUGCCUCUGCUCAAGGACGUGCCAGCGCCGGAGCAGCCUGAGCUGUUCCUGAAGAAGCUGCAGCAGUGCUGUACUGUCUUUGACUUCAUGGACACGCUGUCGGACCUCAAGAUGAAGGAGUACAAGCGCUCCACGCUCAACGAGCUGGUGGACUACGUGACCGUCAGCCGGGGCUACCUGACAGAGCAGGCCUACCCUGAGGUCGUCAAAAUGGUGUCUCACAACAUAUUCCGGACCCUUCCGCCCAGCGACAGUAACGAGUUUGACCCUGAGGAGGACGAGCCCACGCUCGAGGCCUCCUGGCCACACUUACAGUUGGUAUACGAGUUCUUCAUCCGGUUCUUGGAGAGUCAGGAAUUCCAGCCCAGCAUUGCCAAAAAGUACAUAGACCAGAAGUUUGUCCUACAGCUCUUGGAGUUGUUUGACAGCGAGGAUCCUCGGGAGAGAGACUACCUGAAGACAGUCUUGCAUAGAAUCUACGGCAAAUUCCUGGGGCUGAGGGCUUUUAUACGAAAACAGAUCAAUAAUAUUUUUCUACGUUUUGUUUAUGAGACGGAGCACUUCAACGGGGUGGCUGAGUUGCUGGAGAUCCUGGGGAGUAUAAUCAAUGGUUUCGCUCUGCCACUGAAAGCAGAACAUAAACAGUUUCUGGUCAAAGUGUUGAUCCCCCUCCACACUGUCAGGAGUCUGUCCCUCUUCCACGCACAGUUGGCGUAUUGCAUUGUACAGUUCCUAGAGAAAGACCCAACAUUAACAGAACCAGUCAUCAGAGGCUUACUGAAGUUCUGGCCGAAAACCUGCAGUCAAAAAGAGGUGAUGUUUCUAGGGGAACUGGAGGAGAUCCUGGACGUCAUCGAACCAACACAGUUUGUCAAGAUCCAGGAGCCGCUCUUCAAACAGAUCUCCAGAUGUGUCUCCAGCCCACAUUUCCAGGUGGCAGAGCGAGCUCUGUACUACUGGAACAACGAGUACAUCAUGAGUCUGAUCGAGGAGAACUCCAGCGUCAUCCUGCCCAUCAUGUUCGCCAGCCUCUACAGGAUCUCCAAAGAGCACUGGAACCCGGCGAUCGUAGCGCUGGUGUACAACGUCCUGAAGGCCUUCAUGGAGAUGAACAGUACUUUAUUUGAUGAACUCACAGCCACUUACAAGUCGGACCGCCAGCGUGAGAAGAAGAAGGAGAAGGAGCGGGAGGAGCUGUGGAAGAAGCUGGAGGACUUGGAGCUGAAGCGCGGCCUUAGGAGCGACGGGAUCAUCCCAACUUAACGAAGACAGCGCCGCGCUCCCCCACCCCGACUCUCUUCCCCACCUCCC